UCAGUGCAUCUACUCUGAGUAGAACUUACUUAGAUACUGUUUUGCCUUAUUUUACUCUAGUAGAGCUUCGAGGCUGCAGCUCUUGGGUUUUAUAAUGCAUAUUGUUACACUGUAUAGAGGAAAGGUAUAAGUUCCAACUUGUACAAAAUGAGAGAUGUUCUGUGAAAUAAUUAAUUUGCCUUUUUUCUGUUUCGAAUGAGCUGUUUGCCUUUGGAGUACAUUCUCCACUUCAGCAUUCUGAGAUAAUUUAGCAAAUCUGAAUAUUAGGGAUUGGUUGUUCAUAUCAAGAGGGAAAGUUCAAACUGGGAUAACAGUGGCAAUGGCAAAUGAUUAAGUAUGCUCAUAAUGGGUGUUGACUUCUAAUGUAUUAAGUGCUGAUAAUGAGAGAUUAAGUUAAGUAGGCUAUGCAUCUGAUUCAGAUUUUGCUCUCAAUACUAAGUUGUAUUUUCUUGUCAUGGAACAUUGUACUUCUUACCAUAAUGCGUUGAAAAAAACCCUCCAGACUGCAGUGUUUGCGUAUUUGUAGAAAAUUUGAAGAAUAACUCAAGGAACUCCUCUGUAGUUCCUCAAAGAAUCAGAAGACAAAUCUGAGAAUGGAAUCCUUAUUCUUAAGUUGUACCGCAAAAAUACAACAUAGCAUGCUUGGGGCUGCUUGGGACAAAUAAAAUCAACAUGUGGAAAAUGAAAGUUGGAGUGUUGUUGCUGUGACUAUGGAACCUGGAUUCACAGCCAAAAAGCUCACUGGCUGACAUUCGGGGUUCCUGAGGAUGACAUGGAGUAUGGCUAGCAUCUAUGAAGACGACAGCUUAGCAGGUGCGAUGAUGAUGAUGCUCGAAUACAGCUGGACUUGCUGAGGGAGGCGAAAGGGUGGCAGGCGGCAGGAGCUGGAGUCUCAAGGGUUCUGGUGUCUGGCCUCUGUAAGAAGCCAUGAUUACCCUGAUAACUGAACAGCUACAGAAACAAAGCCUGGAGGAAUUGAAAUGCACAUCCUUCAGCAUCAGCCUGCCUUUGCCUGAUCAUGCUGAUGUGGCCAGCUGUGGCAGCCCCUUCCAGAUAGCGCCUGAGGGAGCUUCAUGGAGAGACCUGGCUCCUUGUCCAAAGAUCCAUCUUCAGGACAGCACAGGUCUUUACCAACACUCCAGCUUGAGCCUUCCCCUGCCUCCCUGCACCCCAGACAACCGUCCUCAGAAAAGUUUCAUAUCACAAACACUGGCCACUAACUCACUAGUCUCAGAAAAGGCUUCUGUGCCCCCCACCAAAAGACACUGCCGUUCACUGUCAGUGCCUGAAGACCUCUCCCGUUGGCAGGCUGUUUGGAGGCCCCUGGGCUCCAAAGUGUGGACACACAUCAAACGUCGGGACAAUAGUGGAGGGGACACUUUGGCAGUACAGGUCCAGAACCUGGCCCAGGGAGCCAACAGACCUUGCUUCAACCCUGCCCCUAGUGCCUCUCACCAGUGUGUUCAAGAUGGUGCUGGUGGUGGCAGGAGCCCACCUUUCUUCAGUCUGGCCCUAUCCCGAGAAUCGCCAGCAAGCGUAUCAUGGGAGACUGGAGAGACUUUGCAGCCCUACGCUUUGCAACGACGUUUCUCCCUGUCACCUGUCAGAUUCCUCCCCUCCCCACGAAGUUCCACAACCUCCACUCCAGAGUUGCUUCGACACCAGCACACCCUCCCUCGCAGCCGCUCACAACCGUGUGACUUGGACACCAGGAAAUGUGGACUCAAGCGGCGCCAUGAUGAGGAUGUGAGGUGGCAUAGGCCCUCGCUUGAUUUCUACAAGAUGAAUCAGAAACCGUUUGCAGGAGGUGUCUGUCAGUUGGACAAAUCUGAGGAAGGUGGCUAUUCAUCAUGGCUCUUGGCCUGCAGCCCACAAGCACCUUCGGCUCCAUGCAGUCCCCUCAGCAAUUGCGUCCAGGCUCUUAGUGAAAGUGAGGAAGAGGAGGAAGAGGAAGCAGCAGUACAAGCAGCAAGGAGACUGAACUGGAAUUUAGCAAGCAAAAGGACACUCUUCCAACCAGACUUUAGUGAUCUGGAUCUAACUUUGAUUGAGGAGAACUAGGGGUUGGCUGUCUCUAUGAUAAACUGACUGUGGGAUCAGCUGCAAGGGGGAGAUGGCACUCCCUGAUGAGGGAAUAGGGGUGGGUGUAGAGGGAAAAGUGGCAAUGGGGCCAGUGGGGUUUUGUCUGCUUGUUUCUUUUGUAUUAAAAAAG